CAUAUGACGAGUCUAGUGCGGUGGGGAGUCGCACUGUACACUUUCAGAUUAACCCUAAAACUUUCAUACAUGAGGCUCAACUAUUGAGAACUUAAUCCGUUUGGGCCAUUCAUCUAGGGCCGAAGCUCCGCUCGGUUUUGGGGUAGGCUUGGACUAAAGAUUUAAAACCCAAAACUAUAGCAUGUGGCAUCUGCAUCCCCCCUCAAAAGUCUGAUGGGAGAAACCAAGCGGAGGCAUAUAGUUAAGUUGUGUAAAAUACAUACACUGAAGUAAAGACAAAAAUGGAAGGGAAAGGAUUGGAAGGAGAUGGGUCAAACAGAGAAGCCCUGGGGAAGUGCUUGAGUGGGUUCGUGGAUGACGGUAGCACGGAGAGUCACCGAUACUAUUUGUCACGGAGAACCGUGCUGGAGAUGCUAAGGGACAGAGGCUAUGCCGUACCCAACUCUGAAAUCAACCUCUCCCUUCAAGAAUUUCGAGCCAUCUAUGGCCAAAGCCCUGAUUUUGAUCGUUUCAGACUCUCUGUUACUCAUAAAACUGACUCUUCCAAGCGGAUGCUGGUAGUUUUCUAUGGGCCUGGUACAGUUAAAGUUAGUGGGAUUCGGCUCAUUGCUGGUCUAAUUACUAACAAAGAAAGCUUGACUGGGUUGAUAUUAGUCUUGCAAAACCACAUAACAAACCAAGCUUUGAAAGCUCUGGACCUCUUCUCAUUUAAAGUGGAGAUAUUCCAGAUCACUGACUUGCUUGUUAAUAUUACGAAGCAUGUGUUAAAGCCCAAGCAUCAGGUAUUGACAGAACAUGAGAAACAAAGGCUCUUGCAGAAGUAUAGUAUAGAAGAGAAACAGCUUCCUCGACUGUUAAAGAAAGAUGCCAUUGCAAGAUAUUAUGGUUUUGAAAAGGGUCAAGUAGUGAAAGUUACCUAUGGUGGUGAAAUCACUGAGUCACAUGUCACUUACCGAUGCGUCUGGUGAUGCCGCAACGCAAUGUACUGUUGUUUCUUGCUGUGGAAUAUUGCAGGUGUAGUUUUAAGCUUUUCCCAAAUCAUCUUUUGGGGUUGCAUCGUGUGACUUCUGUUGCUCCUAAUGAACACUGGUUGAGUUGCUUGUUUUAAUGCCUUAUUUUAUUAAGAGAAGUCAAUGGCUUUAAUUGCAAUAUCUGCAAGACUGCAACAGAUUUAUCAUCCCUGCAAACUUUGACAAAAUGGCAUAGAGAAAAAUUACAACCUCUUUCUGGAAGCAAGCAUCUGAUACAUGGCAUUGUUUCCAGUCCAUUUUGUUCUUAUGAAGUAAACAGAAGAUGAAAAAGUUCUGGGCAGAUUUCCCAAUACGCCAUUGCCAUGAGUGCCAUCACACUUUUCCAUCUGGGC